CAAUAGUAGGGCGUCAUGCUGCAGCCAAUGGGCGGGGCGUGGCGAAGACAGCCAAUAGAAAGGCGUCAUACUGCAGCCAAUGGGCGUGGCGUGGUGCAGACAGCCAAUAGGAGGGCGUCAUGCUGCAGCCAAUGGGCAGGGGAGGCAGCAUGGCGGCGCCGGGGCUGCUGUGGCGGUGCUGGCGGCUGGCGCUGGGCGGCCGGGCGAGGCAGUUGGUGUCCGGCCCCGCCGCGCCGAGCUCCGGGCCUCGCCUGCCCAGCCGCCCGCCCGCCGCAGAGAGCAGCGUCCAACCCGCCCGGCCCGGCCGAGAGCGACCCCGGCGAGGGACGGGUCUUCCUCAGCGAGAGCUGCGUGAGGAGGCUGCUGGAGAUCACGGAAGGCUCAGAGUUUCUUAGGCUGCAGGUGGAAGGAGGCGGCUGCUCCGGAUUCCAAUACAAGUUUUCUUUGGACACAGUUAUCAAUCCUGAUGACAGGGUGUUUGAACAAGGUGGUGCCCGUGUGGUCGUGGAUGUGGACAGCCUGGCCUUCGUGAAAGGUUCCACGGUGGACUUCAGCCAGGAGCUCAUCCGCAGCUCUUUCCAGGUGGUGAGCAACCCCCAGGCAGAGAAGGGUUGCUCAUGUGGGACUUCCUUCUCUGUCAAAUUAUGAUCGGACUUUCCGUGGAUGGACGCUGUCUACAGACACUUCCUUGUGGUCUUCAGAGAGUUUUUGCUUGUUCUUUUCCCAGCUGCUCCCUCUCAUCUCCCUUACCCUGUAACACAGCUGUUACACAUAACUCCAGCUCUGUGUUUGUUUGCACUGAGCCUAUCUCGAAGAUUUGUUGACCUUUCCUUUGGAAACAUGAAGUAGCUGUGAGCACGCACACGGAAGCAUCUUCGAUGCCUUACGAACUACCAGCCAGGUGGUGCUGACUUGCCUAUCGUUUCUCGAGUGUGGAACCACUUAACUGCUUGUCUCUGCAAGAGAUGGCUGUAUAUAUAUGUGUGUGUGUUUAUUGAAAAUUCUUGUUAAAAAACAGUCUUUGAGGUUGAUUGGUAUUGCUCAUGUAUUCCCAUGUGGGUAGAAUCUGGGUUCUCUCAGGCUAGUGUUGCUUAUCUCUGUCUUCCAGCUGAAUGGGCCUCAGAGUCUCUCUCCCAUACACCUCUUAGUCUCGCUGGCUCUGCUUCCCAGCUCACAGUGGGAUUUUCCAGAUGUUUUACUGUUCUCUUACCCAGGAGGCUUCUCUUGGUCCCCGGAACUGACAGUGGCUUUGCUGUCAGACCUGGGGAUGAAAGUUUUUACUUAUCCAGAGUAAAUGAAGCUGAAAAAUUGAGGUAGGAAGAAUUAAUAUUUUUUAUAU